AUGACAAAAAAGGAAAUGGAACAAAUGCAACUGAAAAAAGUGAAGGAAUCAGAACUGGAGGUAUGCAGGGAAAUGAAACAGAUCCCCAAGAAAGAUAAAACUUGAGAUGUAAUGGGAUCUGGGUUUGUACCUAGAGAUAAUUUCUUAGUCAGACACACAGUUUUUGAAAAUCUAGAUUUAUAGAUCAAGUGUCUUGAAACUUAAAAUAUCUUGAAAAAUAGAAUCCUACAAAUUGUCAGAGGGCCUCCACUGGUUUUAAAUGUCUGAACAUUUAUGUUUCUUCUACCAAGAUUUAAGACUAGAGAGUUUAGAGAGAUUCUGAGGCAUUUCGGGACGAAGGAGAUAACAUAUCUCACAAUUCAUGCUCCUCUAAAGCCAAGGUUGAUGAGUCUCAAAUUAAUCAUGAACCCAUUCCAAAAAUGGUUAAAAAACAUCAUAAUUGAUAGAGCUAAGAUACUUCAAGAUCUCUGGCAAGCAAAUCUUGUUUCUGC